AUCUCUUGCUCUUCAUUCUUCUUUUCUGUCUAACUGAGUGACACGCGGACUAUGAAAAAUAUGACUUUCCGUCGCGUAAAGAAGCUGAAUUCAAGCGAUCCGGACAGCGGGUCGUUGUGUCACGACAGUGGAGAUAUUUACUUCACGUCCUCUAAAUCGGACAGCUGUGGGAUUGUGAAUCGUGGACCCUCAAACUCCACCGAGGUUUACAAUUAUAAAACCCUUGCUUACUCAGGAGGAACCCUACCGAGGAACUUUAAAAAGAACGGUGGGCUGCAGAAAUGGAAGCCCCUCACGCAGUCUCCAGAACCGCAAAGAAAAACUGUGAUCCUGCAGAAGAAAGAAGAGGAGUCCUUUGGCUUCGAGAUCCAGACAUACGGGCUUCAUCACCAAAGUGAGAACUCGGUGGAGAUGUGCACCUUUGUUUGCAAAGUCCACGAAGACAGUCCCGCUCUACUCGCAGGCCUUAAAGUUGGUGACACGAUUGCCAGCGUGAACGACACUUCAGUUGACGGAUUUCGCCAUAAAGAAAUUGUCCAGCUCAUUAAAUCAUCAGGAAACAACAUUAGGCUAGAAACCGUCUACAGCGACUCUAUAAGAAAAGCAGAACUGGAAGCUCGUCUGCAGUAUCUAAAGCAAACCCUGCAUGAGAAAUGGGAUGAGUACAGGUCUCUGAUGGUACAAGAGCAGCGGCUCGUGCAUGGUAUCGUGAUGAGUGAUGUGGCGAUGUACGAGUCUCUGGAAUCAGCUGGUGUUUAUGGGAGUCUGGGAGCUCCGAGUCCUGCAGCGUUGCGAGCGUUACGGGGAACCGACAGCACCAGCAGCAGCGUCAGCCAUCUGAGCGCCGCCACGGCUGAAGACGACCCGCUCUACCAGACCUGCAUCUUCAACAACACCAGCAAUGACCAGAUCCACGCUAAACAGGAGAACACUCGCCCACGUCUCAUUCGACCCGCCAGCGAGCUCUUCACCACUGCUAAAACCAGCCUGACCCGCAGUGCCAGCACACGCAGCUACUUGAGGCCUCCAUCAUCAUCAUCAUCAGCAUCAUCAUCAGCAGUGCCAAACGGAGAAAAACAGCAGUGCGGAGGCUUCAGCAGCCUGCAGCGCAAACCAAAACAGAAGAGCUUCAGGCGGAGGCUGCUCAAGUACAUCCCCGGACUCAACAGACCUCUGGAGGAGGAGGAAAGCAAACUGUGAGACAUGAGAAAUGCAUCCAAAGACAGACCAAAACUGGAGGAGAAACCAAAGAACAGUUGACUGACUGAUUGAGAGCCAGAGAAUGCUAGUCAUUUAGCUCUUCUGAAAACAAAUGCUUUGUUACUUUACUCACCCUCAGGGUCUUCUAGGAGGCUUCAGUGGAAUAUUAAAGAAGAUUUUUAAUCUUUUAGACAAUGGCUACCUGCACUUUGAGAGUCUUCAGACCAUCUUAAAUGCACUGAGGACUGUUUGCUUAGUGUGUGGAAUAAAGGUAAUAACGUAUAUCUCUUGUUCUUGCACAAACCAAUCACUUUGCUGCAAAAUAUCUGUCUAUCAUUAAUCAUGGGGGUUAAUUUUGUUGGUUUGUUGGUUUGUUUUUGACUCCAAAAGUGCAAGUAUUUCCUGAAUGAUCAAACGAGCGCAGUUUCAGCCGAGCGUUUGCUUUAAUAUUCCACUGAAUUAAACUAUAAUGAUGUCCUGAUGGGGAGUAAACUAACAUAACCAUCCCUUUAACCAUCCCUUUAAGUUUGGCAUUUCAUCGCCUUUGCUUUUGAGUCUGAUUACAAGAUGCAGACAAACACUGGUCAGGCAUAAACUUUCAUUUUUAGACUUGAAAUAUUCCGGUUCGUCUAAAAUGCUGAAAGUAAAUGUGGAUGUGUUUCUGCUGGAAUAUUGUUUAAAAUAAAUCAGUAACCCAUAAUAUAACAGCUAACAAGACUAUAUAUGGCGAGAAAAAACAGACUCUAACAACAAUAGCCAGCAUGUCUUAAUCACUUUGUCAGCUACUUGUUAACAUUCUCUAACUUGCCUUCAUGGUUUGAUUUUUGCAUCUAAACCAAGAGGUGAUGUGUUGUACAUAUUUUGUUGAUGUUUAAGUUAUUUAUUUAAUGUUUAUUUUCAGCUUUUGUGAAUUAGUUUUGUUAUUUGAAGAUGUACAAAAUGAAGGAUUUUGUGUUGUUUUUUUAAAUUGCUACUUGUUCAUUUCUAUUUGAAAAUACUCCGGUCCUGAAGGAUAUUUAAUAAGUGCCUUGUUGGCAUGUAUGUGUAAAUAACUUCUGUUUUUUCUAUAUUUUUAAAAAAUUCAGAUUGAAAAUAAAAGGUUGAUAAUU